AUGGCUGUUGAGGAGGCUGUGUUCCCACCUACCAACCUCACCUCCAGCAAUCAGAGCAGCUGCAAUGUGCACAACUAUCACUUUUCUGCCAAAGUCACCUUCUCCCUCUUCUACGCUGUCCUGCUGGUGUUUGGUGCCUGUGGGAACAUCCUGGCCCUUUGCAUCACCUUCCAGCGCAGGAAGAAGAAACUCAAUUCCACCAACCUCUACCUAGUGAACCUUGCCCUCUCUGAUGCCCUCUUCACCCUAGCAUUGCCAGGCAGGAUUGCCUAUUACAUCCUGGAGUUUGACUGGCCCUUUGGGGACUGGUUCUGUCGGGCCACAGCCUUCAUCUUCUACAUGAACACCUAUGUGGGCAUCUACUUCAUGACCUGCAUAAGUGUAGACCGCUACAUCGCUGUGGUGCGCACCAAAUACCCCAGCAGGGUCCAGAGGAUGAGCCGUGCCAGAGGAGUCUGUGUCCUCAUCUGGUCCUUGGUGUUUCUGCAGACGGCACCACUGCUUCUGAGGCCCAUGACACGGAAGAUGGGGAACAAGCUGACAUGCAUGGAGUACUUCAACUUUGAGGAGAUUCCCAAGCUGCCCUACCUGCUGCUAGGUGCUUGUGUGCUCAGCUUCUUCCUGCCUGUGGGCAUCAUCCUGGUGUGCUAUGUGAGGAUCAACCUCAAGCUCUGCCAGACGGCCAAGGAGAAUCCGCUGACAGUGAAGAAUGGGCACAGCUACCGGGCCUUCAUCGUCAUCCUGGUGGUGCUGCUGGCCGUCCUGCUGUGCUUCAGUCCCUACCACCUCAACAUUGUCCAGUUCAUGGUCAGGAAGAUCCUCUACCAGCCAUCCUGCCAUGAGCAGCAAGCCUUCAAGACAUCUCUGCAAGUCACUGUGGCAUUCAUGAACCUCAACUGCUGCAUCGACCCUAUCAUCUACUUCUUUGCCUUCCGGGGCUACAAGCAGAGGCUGCUCAUUGUCUUGAAAAGUGGCUCCAAGACCCACUCUGAGAGCAACAGCAUCAGCCAGCCUCCUGGUUCCAUCUCUGUGUAG